UACCCAGAAUCCCCGGCUCACAACAGAAACCAGCAGCGGCACAUGUUGAUCCAUCAUGGCGGCCUCCGUCAGAAAGAUGGUCGGUGUGUGUGAAGACUCCAGCAGCAGUGACGACGAGGCUCUGCGGAGGUGUCAGGAGGCGGUGUGGGAGACACGAAGCGACACAAACAAAGGUGGGGACACCAGUGUGCAGCAGUCGAAACGUUUUGUCGUCGCCAAACACGAACACGACGGCAACGAGCUCCAGGUCACCGAGGGCUUCCGAACACACGUCGCUAAAAAGUUAGGAACCCUCCUGGACAGCUGCAUUUCAGAGACGCGGACUGAAACAUCAUGUGUGGAAUCAGCAAACCGGGAUAAUAACAAUGAUGAUGAUAAUGAUGAAGGAUUUCGUCUGUUUUCUACGUCCGUCCCGGGACAGAAGGCUGACGAGCGUCCAGCUCCUGUGAGGAGUCGGCCUGCUCCCAGCUCAAGUGACAGCGACAGCGAGAUGGAAACCAGGCUGAAGGAGGCAGCGGUGUCCGUCAAAGAUCUCUUACCCUCGUUCUCCUCGACUCCCUCAGAAGAGCCUCCCUGUUCUGAAACACCAAAGAAGAAGAAGAAGAAGAAGAAGAAAGAGGCGGAGGCGGAGGAUGAGGAAGAGGAGAGCUGUGUUGUGAAAAGGAAGAAAAAGAAACAGACUCGAGGAGAGAGUGACUCUGCAGCUUCUCCUCUCCAACAGAACGGCAGCUCGGAGCUGGAGCGAGUCAAAGUGAAACAGAAGAAGAAGAAGAAGAAGAAGAAGCUAGAAGGAAACACAGAAGAAGAAGCUCUGGACUGAAUCGUCUUUUCUAAUGUUUGUCUGAAUCCAGUCUGUCACGAGUGAGAAACGAGACAACGAGGAUUUAUUUUCCAAAACAUUGGUGUAGUAUAUUUGAGGAACAGUUAAAUCUUCUCAUAUUGUCGCUCAUUAAGAAACGUUCAGAGGCUGUGACAUAAACAAAACAAAUGCAGGUAACAUGCGGUUUAAAAGUUCCAAGUUAAUGUACAAUUUCUGAAUAUUCCAUUUUAAUAAAAAUACGUUUCAGUGUUGA